UUUCGAUGACAUUUGUGAUGUUUCUUUGCCGUGUAACCUUACGUGGCAGAUGUGAGUUGUACAUAUUUUUAUUAAAGUGCAAAGUAAAAGUGAAAAUUGUUUUGUGGUAGUAAAAAUGAACCCUGCGUUUUUACCGCCCCAGCAAGGCAAUUUUAAUCUGCCUUCAAAUGGCUUUGCACCACGAAGCAGUAGUGCAACAGCUCCACAAACAACAGUAAAUAAAAUUGGCCCAACAAUGGGAGCACCAAGCCCUACUCCUCCAGGAAUGCCCCAGUCUGUAAAUGGUCCGCCUGUAAAUCGUGAUUCGACUAAUCCCAUGGGAAUAUCCGCGUAUGCCCCAGGCAUGCCACAGAAAAACAACCAAUUAAUAUCUGGAAAUGGCCCUUCUAAUCAACCAUAUUUAGGUAAAGUUGAUUUUGCCUCACAACCUUCUCCGCCCCAGUUUAGACAACAAGGACCAUUGCCCAAUGCAAACCCUAAUCACCCAAAUAUGAAUCAAGUAUCAAAUUUGCCAGGUCAAAAUCCCGGAUUGCAAUCAAUGCAAGGCAAUUUUCCACCAAAACAGUUUCCCACUCAGGCUCCUGGGCAGUUUGCCAAUGCAAUGCCACCUCUUCAAGCAGGAAUGCCUCCAAGACAGGGUUUAUCUAUCCAAGGGCCAGGUUCAACGCCCUUACCAGUACCUGGCAAUUUGCCUCAAAUGCCCAAUUCAGCUCAAAUGCCAUUUCCAGCUCAACAAAGCAAUUUUGGACCACAGCAACCUCACAUGCCGCCACCCAAGCCGCAAGGCAAUUUCGGGCCACAAAUGGGUCAUAUGCAGACUCACAUGCCUCCGCCCAAUCCUCAGGGCAAUUUUGGGCCGCAACCAGGUCAAAUGCCUCCACCACCACAAGGGCAAUUUCCUCCUCAAAACCAUUUUCCACCUUCUCUGCAAGGGCAAAUGCCCCCAAACCGUAUGCCCCCAAAUGCAGAUCAUCUGGAUCAGUUAAAUAUCUCCAACCAAAUGCAGACAAUGUCAUUGAGUGGCUCUAAGCCAGGGGGCCCCAUGCAGCCUCCUCAGCCUCCCGGUUACAUGCAGCAGCAACCUAGAGGCAUGCAACAAGGACCUGGGUAUCCUCAAAUGGGACAACCAGACGGUUAUAUGGGUCAAACUGCAAGGAAGCUGGAUCCCGACCAAAUGCCCAGUUUUAUUCAGGUUAUUAGAGACGAUCAAGCCAGCAGAAGUGGCCUGUUUGUCACAAACGAAAAAGGACUGGUACCUCCAUUAGUAACCACUAACUUUGUAGUUCAAGACCAAGGUAACUGUAGCCCUAGGUUUAUUCGAUCUACCAUGUAUAAUGUGCCGAUUUCUCAAGAUAUAUUGAAACACACUGCAGUUCCAUUUAGUUUAGUAAUUAGCCCGAUGGCUAGAGUAGGCAAAGAUGAAUAUCCGCCUCCUAUUGUUAAUUUUGGCGAGUUAGGCCCGGUUAGGUGUAUUAGAUGUAAGGCAUACAUGUGUCCGUAUAUGCAAUUUAUUGAUUCCGGCAGACGUUUUCAGUGUCUGUUUUGUAAAGCUACAACUGAUGUUCCUGCACAAUAUUUUCAGCAUCUGGAUCACACUGGGCAAAGAAUGGAUAAAUAUGAGCGCCCCGAAUUGGUGUUGGGAUCAUACGAAUUUGUGGCAACUGCUGAUUAUUGCCGCAAUAACACUUUGCCCAAGCCGCCAGCAAUAAUAUUUGUUAUUGAUGUGUCGUACAACAAUAUUAAAUCCGGCAUGGUCCAAUUACUGUGCUCUAAAAUGAAGGAGAUUAUUAAAAAUUUACCGGUGGACCAGGGCCAUGAAAAGAGCAACAUGAGAGUGGGCUUCAUUACAUACAACAGUUCUGUUCAUUUUUAUAACAUCAAAGGAACGUUAGCUGGGCCCCAGAUGAUGAUUGUCGGAGACACCCAAGAAAUGUUUAUGCCGCUGCUGGAUGGAUUCCUUUGCACUCCUGAAGAAUCUGAAGCCGUUAUUGAUUCCCUAAUGGAGCAAAUUCCGACCAUAUUUGCUGAGACCAAAGAGACCGAAAUAGUACUGCUACCGGCUAUUUUGGCUGGUUUAGAAGCACUCAAAGCCUCUGACACUACUGGCAAGCUUUUGGUGUUCCACUCAACGCUUCCUUCUGCAGAUGCACCCGGAAAAUUGAGAAAUCGUGAUGAUAGAAAACUUCUUGGAACGGACAAAGAAAAGACGGUUUUAACACCUCAAACUCAAGCCUAUAAUCAGUUGGGUCAAGAUUGUGUCGCUGCAGGAUGCGCUGUUGACUUAUUCAUUUUCAAUAAUUCCUAUAUAGAUAUUGCAACAAUAAGUCAAGUGUCUAGACUCACAGGCGGCGAAGUUUUCAAAUACACAUAUUUCCAAGCAGACAUCGAUGGAGAUCGUUUAAUUACUGAUGUUAUUAUGGACAUCAGCCGUCCCAUUGCCUUUGAUGGAAUUAUGCGAGUAAGAACGUCAACAGGAGUAAGACCUACUGAUUUCUAUGGGUACUUCUACAUGUCUAAUACAACGGACAUGGAAUUAGCUGCACUGGACUGUGACAAAGGUAUUGCGAUCGAAAUAAAGCACGACGAUAAAUUAUCCGAAGAGGAAGGAGUAUAUAUUCAAGCUGCUUUACUAUAUACUUCCUGUUCAGGGCAAAGACGUUUACGAAUAAUGAAUUUAUCAUUGAAAACAUGUGCGCAAAUGGCUGAUUUAUAUAGAAGCUGUGAUCUGGACACGAUCAUUAAUUUCUUUGCGAAGCAAGCCACUUACAAGCUCUCGGAAAACAAUCCAAAGGCUGUGAAGGACGCCUUAGUGAAUAGAUCUGCCCAAAUUUUGGCAACUUAUCGAAAAAAUUGCGCUUCGCCUACUAGUGCAGGCCAAUUAAUUCUGCCAGAAUGUAUGAAAUUGUUGCCUCUGUACACCAACUGCCUACUCAGAUGCGAUGCACUCUCUGGCGGACAAGAUAUGACUCUUGAUGAUAGAGCUUUCGUCAUGCAGGCCGUGUUAACGAUGGAUGUUCGUAGUUCGACAGGUCAUUUAUAUCCCACGUUAAUUCCACUACAUGAAAUUGAUUUGUCAACAAAUCCAGUGGAAACGCCUUUACCAAUAAGAUGCAUCAUGGAGAAAUUGAGCGAACAAGGAGUGUAUCUAUUGGAGAAUGGAAUUCAUAUGUUUUUGUGGGUGGGCCUCGGCGCAAACCCCGAAUUUGUUCAAAAUGUUUUCGGAGCACCUUCUGCGAUACAGAUCGAUAUAGAGCGGCCACAUCUUCCCGAACUGGACAACCCAUUGUCGAUAGAAGUCAGGAGAAUAAUAAAUGACUUAAGAAUUGAAAGACAUAGAUAUAUGCGAUUGACUGUAGUCAGGCAGAGAGAAAAGUUGGAGCCAGUGUUCAAGCACUUUUUGGUAGAGGACAGAGGAACAGAUGGAUCACCUGGUUAUGUUGACUUUUUGUGUCAUAUGCAUAAGGAAAUUAGGGCAUUGUUGAGCUAGCUGAAUAAUUGAGCACCGAAGUGCUGAAUCAACUACAUGUUACAUUAACAGUUUAAUAAUAGUUACCAACAGGUCUUCAUACGGUUUUACGGUUAUCUCUUUGAUUGGAAUCAGAUGUGUAGUUCGGUUAUCAGCAAAUUGCUCAAUAGUAACACGUAAAUUUCUUACGAUUAUGACUAUUUCAACUACGUGAAUUACGUAAAAACAUAGACGCUUGUUAGAACGUUUGAAAUGCAAUUACACGAAAGAGGGCAACGAUAAGCUUCCUUGGACCUGGUGGUAAAUAAUUACGAUUGUACGAAUCGCUAUCAAAUAUAUUAACAUAAAGUCUGUGUAUUGUGGAUGUGUAUUAAUUUUAGAUUAAACAUUAUAUAUCAUUCAUAUGUUGGCUAUUUGUAGGAACCAUAUUAUGCAUUUUCUCAUGUAUUUAUUAGUCACACUGAAUAGGACAAUUCUCUCUUGCAGGCCAAUUUGUGAACGGUCAGUAAAAUUUUUCUGUUUCCCAAAUAAUUCUCACUUAAUUACCGAAAUUGAAAUAUCAUACCACGACGGAUGAAAUUGAAGUGAACUGUUGUGUAUUAUUUAAUAAUGCCUCUAUAGUAUUUCUACAGCUUUAUUUUCGCAUGGUUAAAGAUGGGGUAUUAGCAUUAUAGGAAUCACAAUUUUUUACAACUUUAGUAUCUUGUCAGAUAGCCGAGAACAUGCAUAAUUUUAAUACUUUUCAAUACAAAUCAGACUAAUUAUGAAAUAUUGUGUCAGACUUCGUAUUUUUUUUAUAGUGAGGCAAUACUUAAAGUGGAAAUCAUUUGUUAAUUGAUAUCGUAGUUCUUGUAAUAUGGUCUGAUUUAGGCGCAGCGAUUUAUAUUGAUUUACUCUGACUAAUAAUCGGUACGUUAGAAAAAUUAUGUUAUUUUCCUUCAAGCAUUCUGAAAAAGUUGGAAAUACGAAUAGUUAUUAGUAGUUCUGUUUUGUAUAUAUAAUAGUUCUUUUUCCAAAACGAAAUAUAUUUUAUUUUACUGAA